AUGCUGCAGCACCUGUCGCAGAAUCAACCGCUGUCGAGAUAUCCUCCGUGGUUCUUGCCCAACGGCCUGAUUGGGUCGAGACGGACCGUCACGGUCGUCGCCGACUUCCUGUCCGUCAACCCAGAAAGCUACUCGACUUCCUACACGUACAUACCCUUCCAGUUCACCAGUGCAGGUACACUGCUUCCAGUUCGAGUGUGGUCACAGACGGCUCUGUCUGCGGCGGGGCAGAACUCGGCAGGUUUGCGUUACGGGAGCUUGGCGGCGGCGGUUCUGUUUUUCGUGGCGUAUGCGGCGUGCAUGUUUUUGAAGGUCCGCGAACUCCAGGGUCUCCGUCACUUCGUCAACGACUGGUGGAACUGUUUCGCCGUCGCGCAUUUUGUCCUCGUCCUCCUCACGUUUCUCUUUUUCGCUCUCGCCUCAUUCGGCUCCGGCGUCCCCACCGUGUCUCGCCAGGUCGGCAAAGACGGUGCAGUGACAGUGCAGUCCGAUUGGCUCUCGGGAGACCUCACGGAGACUUUCAAUGAAAAAGCUGCAGCUGUCGCGGCUGUUCACACGAAGAACCAGCUCUUUUGGACCGUCGCCGCAAUCACGAUCUUCUGCAGCUGCAUCUUGACGAUUCAGUACCUCCAAGUUUGGGGUGGAACUGCAGCGAAGACAAUGAACUGGACCAUGAAGCGUCUGAUUCUUCCGGUCUUGAUGUGCAUCUGUUUCAUGCUUGUUAUUCUCCUGCUGUUUGUCGCAAUCGGAAACAUUUGUUUCGGAGUCGACAACCGCGCGUUUGCAGGAUUCUACGAGAGCUUGACUGCGUCGGCGGCUUUCCUGCUGGGAGGCACAGUGGGGAAUUUCGACGUUUACGACAUCGUGGCGAAUCACCGUGUUUUUGCAGGCCUUUAUUUCGGUCCCCUCUUCAUCAUGUUCUCUUUUCUCUGUUUCAACAUCCUCAUCGCUCUCAUCCUCAAGAUCUACGAGUUGUGCGCGGAGGAGGUGGAGAAGGCGAUGAAAAAGAGAAAAAAGCAGGAGAGUGAGUUCAAGCCAACCCGUUUGGAGCGCUGGAUCCACGGACUCUCCGCCGUCCGCAAGCAGUUGGAGAGCAGUCUCGCUUCGAUGAAGUCGAAAGAGAGGAUCGUGGACAUCGCCUCCGAAGACUCCGAAACGGAAAAGGAAGAAAACGACGUGGACGGCGUUCCUCGAUAUCCUGCGUGGAUGUGGUUGUCCAUGGGGCUCCCCAAUCCAUACACGAAAGAAGGCUGGAUCGACCCGCAUGCAUGGAGUGAAUACCAACAAAUGUACGGGGCGUGGGGUGACAGCUCCUCCCAGGCAGCAAAUGCGGCGAUGCAGGACGGGUGGAUCAAUCCAGAGGAGUAUUAUUACAUGCAAAACACUACAAACCUGACUCCACAAAUGCCGGAACUCGACAAGAUUCAUCGGGUCGUCCAGUAUCAGCAGGCGCAGGACCGCGAGACCUCUUGGCACAAGAUGACAUGUGUGGCGUUUCUCGUCGUUCUAGUUCUCCUCCUCAGCUGGCAGUUGAUGGUCACCGCCUCUCUCGAUCUCCGCAACUCCGUCGACGCUGCGCUGAGGCGCACAACCUGGACAGUUGCUCCGCAGACCUUCGUCUUUGACGACCAGGUUCUCGGACUGAAGCCUCUGACGUUGACGGUGUUGGCGCCACCGCGCUCGUUCUCUGCCAUUCAGAGCGUCGAGGAUCUGCAUGCAUGGCUCGGCUCUGAACAUGGACUUUUCUUCUUCCUCCGGAAGACGACUCCUGCAGACUUUUGGUCGCAAAUCUUCGCCACGGACGCCACCACUUCAGAUGGUGGCGGGUCGCGACCUUUCGUGGUGAACUCCUGGGCGACGUUGCCUCUGCCGUACUCGGUUCGUUUGCGAGUGCAUCUCUCCUCUGCCUCGACGUACCCUACAGAGAUGCAAUUUGUUGCCGCGACGUCCCACACAUUCGACUUGUUUCUCGACGCGUCCUGGACAGAGGAGGCACUCCUCACUGCGCUCCAGUCGUUGGAGAGUCAGAAAAUCGUUCGCAGCGUGUGCAACUCGCUGGAGAUUUCCUUCCUCUUCUACAGCAACUUCUCGUCGAGGAACCAGCUCUCCCUCACCUCGCUGGUGUUUGAAAUCUCCUCUGGAGGCACCGUCAAAACGACUCUCAACGUUCCGAGCAUGGUGCUGCGUCCGUACGACUCGCAGCACGGCGGCGUACCACUGAUUCUUCAAUCCUUCAUCGCUUUGAUGCUCAUGUUCUUCUUGUGCGGUGGACUCUUCGCGCUGUACAAGUUUUUCCGCGAUGACCCGCUCAAGCACUGCGGGGCUCGGACAUUCUGCUUUCGUUUUCUUCUCUUCUUCUUCGAAAACCUAUUCAACCUGUUGGAUCUCAUUCUCCUUCUUCUCUUCCUCGUCGCCAUCAUCUUUUGGAUGGCCUAUGCGUUCCAUGACGUCCAAAAGAUCUACUUCACUACCUCGGGGAUCGGCUACGCUAUCGGUUCCGACUCUUCUUCCUCUUCCUCCUCUUCUUCGUCUUCUUCCUCUUCCUCCUCUUCUUCCUCUUCUUCGUCACCCUCUCCGGAGGCUGGAGGUGUUGCACGGGCGUUGUCUGCGACAGUCGGUGGCGCGCAGUUGUACCCUGAGUUGAAUUCGUUUUUCUCCUCGGUGAGUAAGGCGCAGUCCAUGCUCGAGGUGUAUGGCCAGUUGAGCGGGGGUGUGGUGAUUUUGGCGUUCAUGCGGACUCUGCGUCUGUUCGAGAAGCGGAAGCGGAUGGUCGUCUUGUUCUUCACCGUCGUCGAAGCUUCGUAUCACCUCCUGUUUAUGUUUUGCGCGCUCGUCGCCGUCUAUGUGGGCCUCGCGUUCACAUGUUACCUUUCCUUCGGGACUGUCGUCUCGGGAUUCGCCUCCGUCCGUGCGUCCUUCGUCUCCAGUUUUCUCCUCCUGGUUGGCUACAUGCCGCUCGCGGACCUCUUCGCCGCAAACAACGCCGUCGCUGCCAUAUUCCUCUACCCUGUGCUCUUCCUCGUGAACCUCGUGUUCCUCGCUCUCUUCCUUUCCAUCCUCCUUCGGUCCUUCGCCUUUCGCCUCGGAGAGGUCGAAACGGCCGACGCUCUCCUCGGUCGCGCGCCCCGAACGCUCGGCCAGAGCAUCAAAGUCUUCUUCAAGGAACUCGUGUGUCAGUUCGAGGCGCAGCCUGUCCCUCCUUCUCAGUCGCCUUCGUCUCCUUCGCCUGCGCCGGCAGGGACGGCUCCAGCUCCAGGCAUGAAGGGUGACGACGAAGAGUCUCUGGAUGAGUUCGCAGCCGUGCGAGCGUUCGACGACCAGGCUCGCGAGAUGCGGAAGCGCCCAGUGAAAACGUUUGAAGCUCCCAAGGAGACAAUGACGACGCAACUCACAGACGAGCAGUGGACGAAGCUCGCGCCGAAGGUGCGCGAAUGGGCGGUCGUUGAAGCGGGAGAGUUCUCCGACCUCUUCCGCAGGCUCUGCAUGCAGCUGGAACUCGCGGGGUCGGAAAAAGUCGCCUUUGUGCAGCAGACGGAGAAGAAAUACUUCGAACAACUGUCGGCUCUCGCCAAGGAAGUGCAGCAGCAGGAGGAACAUCUCAGCCACCGGCUAGCUGUCUACAAGAACAACCUCUUCGUCGAGCAACGGAAGCUCGCGACGUACACCACGUACUUAGAACAGGCUCUCGAUGAGCGAAAAAGCGAGGCCGAAAUGCUAAGGCGCGAACUCGAACUCUUGCAGGGGAAAACCCAGGAAAUGGAAUUCCUCUCCAAAAAAAAACGAUGA